CCUCCCAGGUGUUCCCAAGAUGCAGUGGCGGGGCAGUUUACCUGAUAUCUCCUUACCAACAGGAAGGAGAACAUUCCCCUCCAGUUCUCUGAAGACUGCCUUUACCUGAACAUUUACACUCCUGCAGACUUGACCACGAGAAACAGGCUGACGGUGAUGGUGUGGAUCCACGGAGGUGGCUUAGUCUCUGGUGGGGCAUCAAACUUUGACGGGCUGGCGCUAGCUACCCAUGAAAACGUGGUGGUGGUGACUAUCCAGUACCGCCUGGGCAUCUGGGGGUUCCUCAGCACCGGGGAUGAGCACAGCCCAGGGAACUGGGGCCACCUGGACCAGGUGGCUGCUCUGCGCUGGAUCCAGGACAACAUUGCCAAAUUUGGAGGGGACCCAAACAAUGUGACCAUCUUUGGAGAGUCAGCAGGAGGAGAAAGUGUCUCUGUUCUUGUGUUAUCUCCCUUGGCCAAGAACCUCUUCCACCGGGCCAUCUCUGAGAGCGGCGUGGCCCUCAGCCCCUGCAUGUUCAGGAGGAACACCAGUGUUGGAGCUGAGCAAGUUGCUGCCGCAAGUGGAUGUCCCACACACAGCUCCGCCGCGAUGGUUGAGUGCCUGCGCCAGAAGUCAGAGAAGGAUCUCUUGGAGACCACAAAGAAAAUGAAAUUCUUUAGUCUUGAUUUAUCACAAGACCCCAAAAAGAGAUACCCUUUCCUCACAACUGUGAUUGAUGGGACGGUGCUACCAAAGGACCCUGAGGCGAUUUUGGCUGAAAAGAAUUUCAACACAGUCCCCUACAUCUUGGGAGUCAACAAGCAUGAAUUUGGCUGGUUUAUUCCAAAGGCGAUGGGCUAUCCACUCUCUGAAAAAACAUUAGACCAGAAGAUGGCCACGAAACUCUUGUUGAAGUCCUUCCCACUUGUUAACCUUUCAGAGAAGCAGUCUACUGAUGCCAUCACGGAGUAUUUAGGAGACACAGAGGACCCUACCAAAAAGAAAGACCAGUUCAUGGACUUGAUGGGAGAUGUCAUGUUUUGUGUCCCGACUGUGCUUACGGCCCGUGGCCACAGAGAUGCCGGAGCCAUCACCUACAUGUAUGAGUUUCAGUAUCACCCGAGCUUCGCAUCACAUGAAAGACCCAAGUCGGUGGAAGGAGACCAUGGGGACGACGUCUACUCUGUCUUUGGGAUGCCAUUUUUAAAAGGGGGCGCCUCACAAGAGGAGACCAAACUCAGCAGGAUGGUGAUGAAAUUCUGGGGCAACUUUGCUCGCCAUGGGAACCCCAAUGGAAAAGGACUCCCCCACUGGCCAGAGUACAGCCAGAAAGAAGAGUACCUGAAGAUUGGCCCCCAAACCAAGGCCGCCAUGGGGCUGAAACACAGGGAAGUGGUUUUCUGGACCACGCUGAAGUCUGGGAGAGUAGGACAGCUGCUUCACGAAAGACAGGAGUGUAUGAACGCCACUGGCCAGAGAAGAGAGCUGUGUAUGAGGGACAGAAGCACAGAGUACUCAUAG